UCAAAAAGGAGACAAUCAGAAAACCCAGCAAUAUGAGCCGAAGCCCAGAAAGGAUUUCUUCUUACCGUCGCCAUUUCGAGGACAGUAGUAGCUCUGCUCUAUACCAUGUGCGGGUUUCAAGCCCAUCUCCUCCUCGGACCAGAGACACCUGCCAGCGUUCAUCCAGCUUCACCCGUUCAGCCACCAUGAAAUCAGCAACUGGUAAAGUGGGUAGACGAACAACUACAGCCACCUUAAGACCAUGGAUUUCAAGCAUGGGAGCCAUCUGUGCCGGGCCAUCUUUAGAUAUCGAUGCGGCCGCAGCAGCGAACCAGGAAUUCCUAAGCACCCGAACCACCGAGAGGCAGGAGAUGGUCACUUUGAAUGACAGACUGGCUGUGUACAUCGAGAAGGUCCGGACUUUGGAGCAACAAAACAAGCAGCUGGAAUGCGAGAUUGAGGCUUUUCAGAAACGUUUCAUGAAGCCCUCCGGGCUGAGAGCUCUUUACGAGGAGCAGCUGAGAGAACUGAAGAAGAUUGCAGAUCAGAUGAAGGUCCAGAGGGAUAUGGCGAUUGCUGCAAAAGAGGCAAUGGCUGGACAGCUUGAAAUGAUUAAGUCGAAGUACGAGGAGGCCUUAGAAGCAAGGAAGAAAGCUGAAAGGGAAAUUGAGACAUUACGUCCUGAUGUCGAUGCAGCAACCGCUGGACGUAUAGCCCUCGAGAAACAGCUGGACAACCUGGAAGUUGAAAUAGAGUUCCUUCGCAGAGUACACAAAGAGGAAAUCGAAGAGCUAAUGAAACAAAUCUACUGCGCUUUCUCUGGCGUUGAAAUGUCUUUCACGCUCCCCGACUUAGCCACCGCCCUCAAGCAGAUUCAAGGCCAGUAUGAAGACAUAGCUUCCAAAAACUUACAGGAAAUGGAUGACUGGUACAAAUCUAAAUUCGUAGACUUGAACGGAGCCUCUACAAAGCAUGUGGAGAACGUGAGACACACGAGGGAAGAAAUUGCGGGUUGCAAACGAGAUAUUUUAAACAAAGAGAGAGAACUAGAAAGUCUUAAAGAGAGGAAUGCUGCUCUUGAAGCACAGAUCAAGGAAGCACAGGAAAAAUACAAAAAGGAGUACGAGGAAUUACAGGAAAAAAUAAUGAAGCUGCAGGAAGAACUGAAGUCUUUCAAGGAGAAAAUUGCAUUACACUUGCGCGAAUACCAAGAUCUAUUAAACAUUAAAAUGGCUCUCGAUAUUGAGAUUGCCACAUACAGAAAACUGAUUGAGGGUGAAGACUCGAGACUGGCAACUACAGUUGGAGGCAUACAUCUAAUGGGUGGACUGGUUGGUGCAAUUAGUGUGAUUGGACAAGCUCAGGUUGGCACCAUUGAAACCAUUUCCAAGGAACAGGCAGUGGAGAUGACAGAAAGAAAAACCGUACUCAUAAGAACAGUUAAAACAGAAGAAGAUAAAGUGCAAAGAGACACCCAAGAACGGACCAUCAGGAUUUCUGGUGCUGCUGAUGAUAGUGACGAGGAGUAAAUUAAAGUUCUUGACAGCAAUGAGCUAACAAAGUAGACCGCUUGCAUAUUAAUUUUGCUAACAACAGUGGCUAUAAACCCGAUAAAACUGAAAACCUGGCACCUGUAACUUUUGUUAUGUCUGCAAUGAAGCA